AUGAGAGAAAUUUUGUCCAAACGUAAGAAGGCCACCAUCCUGUUUGCUACUGAGACAGGCAGAUCUGAGGGUUUUGCUCGAAAUUUGGCCAAGCUGCUCUCAUACACCUUCGAUGUUAAGGUUUGUCAGUAUUUGUACCUAAGCCGGCCGGACUUAAAUCCUUUUUAUAUGAUGUAAAUCACAAGUUAACAUGAGGUAUAUCUCUGUUGGUAACAUAUCAAGAUUUAACAACGUAUGAAUUGUUUUGGAGUUUGAAAACAACAGCAAUUACAAUUAGCAAUUGUAAAAGUUUUGUUAACUUAAAUUAUCCUCCCAGGUCAAACAUGGGCGUCAGUUUUCUCCAACAUAAUAUUGCACGCACCUUCCGCGUGAUAGUAAGAUAAUGGAGAUUACGUUCGCGGGAAUAAAAUGUUUGGGGCCUGACUCAGACUCAUUUUAGCCCGAGCCGCCACGCGUGCUAUUUCAUGUUAAAUCUUGCCGUUAGUUUUUCCUUUUUUUUUUAAAUACUCGCUUUCGCGCAUGCCUUGCGCUUGCAUUGACCUAUGUGAUUGAUCCCUUAAAAUUCCUAAAACAUGGUUAUCAGGUUUGCUGUAUGGAUGAUUACAAGCAUGGCCAGCUCUCCCAAGAAAGUCUUUUGUUCGUGGUGGCGAGUACCUUUGGCAACGGAGAACCCCCAGAAAACGGGACAAGCUUUUCUGAUUCCCUAGAAAGUAUGAAGAAAAGCGCCGAUGCCAGACCCCUAAAAAAUCUCAGGUAA